AUGAAGCUCGCAAAUCCUGGCGUGCCCGGGGGCGACGGGGGCCUUAGCUGCCUCGGCUUCUGCGGCGCUGACCGGCUGUUCUGUGCGGCCGGCGACGCGGUCAGCCUGUUCGACCUGCGCCAAACCUUUAUAACCUGGAUGGAGCUGUCAAGCCCUGCUUCGCGGCUGCAGAUGCUGGCGCCCGGCCUGCUGCUGGCCGCAUUCGACGACGGCAGCGUCCGGUUGGUGGGUUGA